AUGCGGACGCGCCAGGAGUCGCAGCGGCUCUCGGGCGUGGAUGCGUCGGCGAUGCAGCUGGAUGAGAUCCUGAGUCACUUUGAGCAGUACCGCCGGAAGCAUGCUGCGCAGAACCGCGAUAUUGUCCAGGCGAAUGCCCUAGCGCAUGCUCGGAUCCGCGAGUUGGAGGCGCGGGUGCUGCAGCUCGAGAGCGAGUGUGCGGAGCACAAACUGGCGGCGGGGCGACAGAGCGCGCAUGUGCGGUGCCUCGAAUACACGCUGGAGUGCGUCCGCGUCGGCUGGGAGACGAUGGCGCACGCCCUGCGGGACUGUGGCGUGCCCACGCCGCAACGCACACGGGAACGUGCCGCGUCCGCUCUGCCGACGCCACCGACCGUGCGGACGCGCCAGAUCGUGCUGCAGGACGACCGGCCGACGACGCGCUUGCCGGCUGCGUACGCUACGCCCCUCGCGUCUGAGUGGAUCCAGGAAGAGGCGUCGUCGUCCCCGACGCCCGUCGACUCGCCGCGUGUCGCUUCGCCUCUUUGUGGCGAUGCGUGUCCUCCUUCCGUGAGUCGCCGUCGUCCGAGCCGCCGAGCGCCCUCGCGAGAGCCGGAGAUCGAGCCGCCCUCGGCCCUCGAGCCUGCCUCUCCUCACCUCGAAUCGCCUCGCCCCGCCUCUCCUCCGCCUGCCCCUGAGCAGGAGCGUGCGCAAGCCAAGACGGCGUCUCCGCCUGCGCCGCCGAACGACAUGCCGGCGUGCACUCCCACGACGCCUGUGCGCCCUCGCUCGCCCGUCGCCGACGUCGACGUGCCUGAUCGGACGCGGCGCACUCGAAAAAGCAUCAACUAUGCCCUGCCCAAGCUCAAUACCAAGAUGCGCAAGCCGGAUCCGGACGACGAGGCGGCGGCCGAUACCAAGCGGCCGCGGACGUCUCGAAAAAGCGUCGCGACGCCCUCGCCGCCUCGCCGACCACGUCGGUCCCGCGACACGUCGCGCCGUGCCACGCCGCAGGUCAGCAAGCACCGCGACACACCCGCUGCCUCGCCGUUCCAGCCCCGGACGAAUACGACGCCGUUCGUGCCUUCGCGCCCGUCGUCGACCAUGCCGAGCUGGGCCUCGUCUCUCCUGCACCUCCCGUCGCCCGAGCCGCCGCGUCAUGCCAAGGAAAAUGCCUUGCCGUGA